AAAUGAACUUUUUUUUUUUCCAUUUUUGACUAAAAAAAAAAAUCCCCAAAAGGACUCGAGGAAACUCGAAGAAAUUGAAGAGUGAGGAGUGCACGAGAAAUCGAGAGAUACGAAGAGGAGAUAUGGCGGUGAUGGAGAAGCUGAAGAUGUUCGUGGUGCAGGAGCCUGUCGUCGCUGCUUCUUGCUUCAUUGCCGGCGUUGGUCUCUUCCUUCCAGCUGUGGUAAGGCCUAUUCUUGAUUCAUUGGAAUCAUCAAAGCAAGUUCGUCAACCUGCUUUGAGUGAUGUGGUAGCAGGUGUGACAGGUAAAAAGGCAUGAAAUGAUGUGUGGAUUCAAAGGGCUUGCAAAUUUUUAGUUUGCUCAUCACCAAUGAAAUAAACCUGACUCUUUAAAUGGUGAAACACUCGAGCAUUAUUUAUGUUCUUUUCAACAUCAUCCUACUUUGCUUGGGGCUGCAUGACCGUUACUCUAUCGUAAUUUUAAGCUGUUGAAAUUCUCUGAGAACAUGGAUGAUGCAAAGAUUUCUUGUUUUCUCUGCUUUGGUAUACUUUUGUAACUUAGCUUGACAUUGCAUGACCGUUACUCAUUUUAUUUAAGCUGUUGAAAUUAACUGAAAACAUGGAUGAUGCAUGCUGGAAUGAUAUACU